AUGCCCAGUCUCUUGAACAGCGAGGGUGCAGGUCACGGUCUGCCGGAUGGUAUAGUCGAAGUGUGGGACAACAAGAUAUCGGGAAUGACAUUUGUUAAUUUGAGCCGAUCCGCGCCUCCAGCGGCCGCAGAGUGGUGUCAGAACGUCGGGGUGAUUGCAGAUGAGGCCGGGGUCGCCGUCGAGGCGAUCAAGGCGGUGGUGGCUGGACAAAGGCCGCAUCACUUUACGCUGCCCUUGGUUGAGCUCAAGUCGAUGUCGCUGGCGGGCUAUGUCCAUGCGCGCUACGCACCCAAGCAGGAGGAACUGUCGAUAUCGCAUGUGAAGGUAAAUGAAAGGCAUAUGAAUCGAGGGUGUGGAAAAUUGCUGCUAGCAGCAGCUGAAGAGCAUAGCCAUCGACUCGGAUGGAAAUGCAACCAAACAUACCUCAGUGUCCUGAAGGCGAAUGAGCGAGCCCGGAGGUGCUAUACCAAAGCUGGAUUCAAAUUCGAAUCAAGCAGAAGCGCGUCAUGGGGGAAGAAAGAACACAGCGGAUCAGAGUGGCAGCGAUGGAAGAAGGUGCACAAGCAUUCAAUAUAUGACAAGAAGGCGCCGGUGGCACAGUAG